AAAUAUACUGGUCUCUGGCCUUCGAGCAUAGCUAGACCCCUUAUGAGCCCCCUGCUCCUUGAGAAUACGUCAGCACCAAUCAGACAGCCUAGUCAGACUUGCAAAGGGUACUCUGAUAGUAAGGGUAGUCAGGACUGGGCGUUAGAGAUAUCAGCAGCAGAGCUUGAGGCUAGUAGAGCUAGGAAGCGGAGGAAGGUCAAGAUGAGCCCAAAUUCGAAGUUUACUAAUAUCAAGGCUAUUCGGAAGGCUCAAAUCGAGGCUGGUGAAAUUGAAGAUAAUACAGAUGAGUCUAGCGAGUCUGAAAACCCUAGUGACGGUGAAAUCUUGUCAUUUUUAGGGCGUCCCACAUGUGGGGGUGUCCCGGAUGUAGGUGUGGGACGUUAUAGCGUAAAUAGCAUUAGAGAUAGUUAG